AUGGCAAUUACAGAUCUUCUGGUCAUUAUCACUGCUGUGAUAUUAAACCGCAUUCCUGGUAUUUAUUUUCCAGGCAGCUUUCUGUCCAUUACUCCCAUGUGUAGCAUGAGCACAACAUUGAUUUAUGCCUCUAGAGACAGUUCUGUGUGGCUAACAGUCGCUUUCAGUUUUGAUCGGUUUGUAGCAAUUUGUUGUCUUAAGCUGAAAAUAAAAUAUUGCACUGAGAAAAUAUCAACUUUCGUGAUAGUAAUGGUGUGUGUCCUGGGUUGUUUGAAAAAUAUCCCAUGGUAUUUUCUUCAUGAACCCAUCUACACAAUUUCCAAUGUCCCAUGGUAUUGUAGAAUAAAAGGUAUACGUUACACUUCAGUUGCAUGGAGAGUAUUUGAUUGGUGUGACCGUAUUUUAACUCCAUGUCUGCCGUUUCUUCUGAUUCUUCUAUUCAAUGUUUUCACUGUCAGGCACAUUCUUGCAGUCAAUAGAUCCCGAAAAAGACUCAUGGUCCGCAAAAAGGAAUGCAGUCAACAUGAUCCCGAAAUGGAGAGCAGGAGAAAGUCCAUUGUUUUACUCUUUGCCAUCUCUGGCACUUUCAUCUUGUUGUGGAUGACAUACAUUAUACGCUUUAUAUAUGACCGAUUUGCAACUGUCAAUAAAAUCAAUGGUUUUCAUGACCCCAAAUUCAUUUUUCGUGAAUGUGCAAAUAUGCUUCAGCUUUUGAGCUGUUGUACAAACACUUUUAUUUAUGCCGUGACUCAGACUAAAUUCAGGAAGCAAUUAAUUAAUAUGUUGCGAUGUCCACUGAAUCUAAUGAGUAACUUUCUUAAGUAA